AUGAGUGAUAACGGAGGGCUUCUUAAAGAAAAACUACAGGAGACGCGGCACAACCUGACAGUGAACCUGACCACUCUGAGGGUGUGGUGUUAUGCCUGUGGGAAAGAGGUGUACCUGGAGCGUAAACUGGGCCCUCACUGCCCUGUCCCCAGCACCAAGACCCUCGCUUCACCUCAGACCAACAACACACAGGGCAGUCCCACUUCUCUGAGACUGCCCCCUACUAAUGGCUGUGAAGACCUGGGCAUGGAGACAGAGGAGGAGGACGAGCUACGUGCCAGAGGUCUGACGGGACUGAAGAACAUCGGGAACACCUGCUAUAUGAAUGCAGCCCUGCAGGCCCUCUCCAACUGCUGGAGGUUGGUGCUGGGGGACAGGGCAACAAAGAAGCCUGCUCUGAGUAAGAGCUACCAGAAACUGGUGUCAGACCUCUGGCACAAGAACAGGCCAUCCUAUGUGAUCCCUACCAAUCUGUAGGGGAUCAAGGCUGUUAACCCCAUGUUCAGAGGAUACUCCCACAGGUAGGACUCUCAGGAGUUCCUGCGCUGUCUGAUGGARCAGCUCCACGAGGAGCUGAAGGAGCCACUGACCGAGCCCCCCGACAACGACCAACACUCGCACGCCAUCGCCAUGGACGACUGCCCCGACGACGACAGCCGCAGCCAAUCUGACGGCGACUUCCAGUCGUGCGAGUCUUGCGGCAGCAGCGAGCGGGCGGACAACAAAGGCGGGAGCGGGGAUGGUCGGUCGGCGGCGCCGUCGGGGGAGGAGUCUAACGAGGCAGAGAUGCUGAUCCCUGAUGGACCUGACUCCUCCCACUCCUCGCGUCAGACCAAUAGGGAGUGGCAGAAGGAGAAGAACCUGAUCAACAACCUCUAUCGGGGGUCAGGGGGCGCAGGGUCGUCAGGGGGAGACCUAUAUAAAGACGUGGAUACCACUUCCGAGGCCGUGCCCAUCAUCAGCAGCCAGGGGGCCAUCAAGGUCCAGAUACAAGGAAACAUGGCUGACUCAUUCCCCGAGGUGGUCUCCAGCAGCACCCGACCCCAGACUCCAGUCCCCAUGGAAGGACACUCCUUCACCAAGAUGUCCUCCAGUCCACCCAAGAACAACUGUGUCUGGCCAGGAAUCUCCUCCAGCCAUCUGAAAAUGACCUCGUUUUCCUCACCGAAGAGCAAGCGCCAGAAGAAGUACCGUAGUGUGAUAUCAGACGUGUUUGAUGGGACCAUUGUCAGCUCAGUGCAGUGUCUGACCUGCGAUAGGAGGAUGGACCCUCUGUCCCCCUGUCCUGUUGAGGAUGGACCCUCUGUCCCCCUGUCCCGUAGAGGAUGGACCUCUGUCCCCCUGUUCCCUGUAGAGGAUAGGACCCUCUGUCCCCCUGUCCCUGUUGAGGAUGGACCCUCUGUCCCCCUGUCCUGUAUAGAGGAUGGACACCUCUGCCCCCAUGUCCUGUGUAACGAGGAUGGACCCUCUGUCCCCUGUUCCUGUAGAGGAUGGACCCUCUGUCCCCCUGUCCUGAGGAUGGACCCUCUCCCCUGUCCUGUAGAGGAUGGCCCUCUGUCCCCCUGUCCUCGUAGAGGAUGGACCCUCUGUCCCCUGUCCGAGAGGAUGGCCUCUGUCCCCUGUCCUAGGGAUGGACCCUCUGUCCCCUGUCCUGUAGAGGAUGGACCCUCUGUCCCCCUGUCUGUCGAGGAUGACCCUCUGUCCCCCUGUCCUGUAGAGGAUGGACCUCUGUCCCCUGUCCUCUGUAGAGGAUGGACCCCGUCCCCCUGUCCUAGGAUGGACCCUCUGGCCCCCUGUCCUGUAGAGGAUGGACCCUCUGUCCCUUCUGUAGAGGAUGGACCCUCUGCCCCCUGUCCUGAUGCCCUCCUGCUCCGCCUAGAGGAUGGACCCUCUGUCCCCCUGUCUCUAGAGGAUGGCCCUACUGUCCCCCUGUCCUGUAGAGGAUGGACCCUCUGUCCCCCUGUCGUACGAAGGAUGGACCCUCGUCCCCUGUCCCGUAGAGGAUGGACCCUCUGUCCCCUGUCCCGUAGAGAUGACCCUCUGUCCCCCUGUCCCAGGAAUGGACCUCUGUCCCCCUGUCCUGUUAGAGGAUGGACCCUCCUGACCCCUGUCCUGUUAGGAUGUUCUAAGAGGAUGGACCCUCUGUCCCCCUGUCCUGUAGAGGAUGGACCCUCUGUCCCCUCUGUCCCGCUAGAGGAUGGACCCUCUGCCCCGCUCCCUGUGAUGAUGUGUUCCAGCUGGUUCUGGGGACCUGUGGUGACCCUACAGGACUGUCUGGCUGCCUUCUUUGCCCGGGACGAGCUGAAAGGAGACAACAUGUACAGCUGUGAGAAAUGCAAGAAAUUACGUAACGGAGUGAAAUUCUGUAAAGUUCAGAGUGUACCAGAGAUCUUGUGCAUCCACCUGAAGCGGUUUAGACACGAGCUAAUGUUCUCCACUAAGAUCGGGACUCACGUCUCCUUCCCAUUGGAGGGCCUGGACCUGCAGCCCUUCCUGGCCAAGGAUAGCUCCGCCCACACCACCUCCUACGACCUUCUGUCGGUCAUCUGUCACCAUGGCACCGCCAGCAGUGAGUGUUCCAUCUGGGCCACUGGCCAAGCCCCCUCUGAGAUGGGAGGAUCUAACUGGAAGAGCAACGAGGAGGCGCUGAAGGAGAGGAGGAGGGUGACCGGUCUACUGAACGUGACCGAGCCCAGCCUGCUACAGUUCUACGUCUCCAGACAGUGGCUCAACAAGUUCAAGACCUUCGCUGAGCCUGGACCCAUCUCCAACGACAACUUCCUCUGUUCACACGGAGGUGUGCCUCCUGCCAAAGCAGCGUUCAUUGAUGAUCUGGUCGUGAUGCUGCCUCAGAACGUGUGGGACCACCUCUACAGCAGGUAUGGAGGCGGGCCUGCUGCAACCACCCUGUAUGUGUGUCACACGUGUCAGACGGAGAUUGAGAAGUUGGAGAAGAGACGCAAGACUGAGUUGGACAUGUUUGUCCGGGUAAGGAGAAUAUGGCGUUUCCAGGAGGAAGAAUCUCCAGUGGUCAUCUACUGCAUCACAUUGCAGUGGUUCAGAGAGUGGGAGGGCUUCGUCAAGGGAAAAGACAAGGUGAAUCCACCAGGACCAAUCGAUAACUCCAAGAUAGCGAUCAACAAGAAUGGUCAUCUCACAGUCAAACAAGGGGCUGACUCUGGGCAGAUCUCGGAGGAGACCUGGAACUUUCUCCACUCCAUGCACGGAGGGAGUCCCGUCGUCACGGUCCGGCCCAACGUCUCUCACCCCGAACCAGAGGCGUCCUCGCAAUCCGAGGAGAAGAUGGAGGUGGAGACGCGCUCCGUUUAACAUUACCUAGUUAACUACAUCAACAGAACACCCCCAAACGCCAGCCCUGAGGACAACAACUAAAGCCUUUUAUUUUGCACUUGGCUUUUUUUUUUUUUUUUAAA